CUAGGAAGUUAAGAAGCGUCCAUGAAGUUGUACCACAAUGAUUCCGGGGCACGGAGGAUCUCUACAGUUAGCGAAAACAAAAAAUUUCGGCUCUCGAUGCACUCUGACACGUGUCGACAGCGCCAGCUCUUAUAUUCUUGUGCACGACGCGACCAUCCUUUGCACCGUUUUUCAUGGGGAAAUCAAGAAACUCUUGACAAAAAUCCACGUGAAUGUGGGAUUGAAGUUCAUUCUGAACUUGCUAAGUUCUUCAAGUCUUUUUAUUCAGCAAACAUAGCCAAACUGGUUGUGGUCUCUUCAGAAAGCCUGGAAGUCAUGCAAAGCUGGGUGGUUGAUUAUUUUUCGGAGAUGCCAAAUUUACAUCUUGAGCGCCCCCUUUUUGGAAGUCCAAAUUCACGUGUUCAUGCAGCCUUUGACAGCGUGGCUUUCCGCGAAGUCGUGUAUAUCACGCCCGUGCAGGAGACUCACGAGAUCAGCGUCAUUUGGGCGCUUCCCUCUUUUGGGCAUCGCUACCACCACAAACCAGAGGCUUUCGUUUCUGAAUUGCUUGGACACGAGGGUUCAGGAAGCAUCCUUCAUCUUCUAAAAGAGCAAGGUUGGGCCCUCGGUUUGAGCGCAGGCAGUUUUCAAGGAGACUCGGAAUUUGAUUCUUUUGGACUUCUCUAUGAAGUUCUGGUGGAGGCCACAGAAGAGGGCAUUGAGAACUUCGUAGAAGUCGUAGCGGUGGUCUUCCAGUACAUCCGUAUGCUCCUUGCAGGGCCCUUACCCGCGAGACUUUUUGAAGAGAUCGAGGCGAUCGCAUCCAUUCGCUUUAAAUUUCACGAGGAAUUGGACCCUUGUGAGCUUGCUGUGGAUUUGGCUUGCUCAUUGAUGAAUUACCCUGUCAAAGAAGUUUUAACUGGACCCUGUCUGUUCCGCGCGUACGACGAAGAGCUCAUUAGGGACUUUCUUCAAUUCUUAAAUCCAGAGAGCGUCCGCGUUUCCAUCCUCUCUAAAGUUUUUGAAAAAAAAUGCCGGAACUCCGAAAAAUGGUUUGGCACAAAGCAUGCAAAGGAGGACCUACAGCCGCAAUGGCUACGCACGUGGCUUUUCUCUCCAGUGGACUCUCGUUUGACGCUCCCGGCGAGUAAUAAUUUUAUUCCCAAAGAUUUUAUCUUGAUAACUCCGCCCCUUCUAGUACCGAGCUAUCCCGUUGUUAUCAUGGCCACACCCCAUUGCCGUCUCUGGCACAGAGUGGACACGACAUUUGGUCUCCCCCGCGUUAUAGCCCACUUCCAUUUUGUGUAUCCGUUUCAGAAUAUGGACCCGCGCACAGCGGUUCUUGCGCGGUUGUAUGUAAUGGUAGUGAACUACAAUUUGUCUCAAACAUCUUAUGCUGCCGAAGUGGCUGGCUUUUCCUAUUCUUUUAGCGAUUCGGAUGGCCUUGUUUUGAAGUUAAGUGGAUAUAACGAUAAACUCUUCUCUCUGUUUUCGUGUAUACUCGACGCCAUCUGCAACUUUUUCGUCGAUGAGAAAACUUUUGAAUUGUGCAGAGACGCUCUUCAGCGCGAGCUUGAGUCCGCUUUGCUAAAGCCCUCUAGGCUCUCUAAAGAGCUUAGGUUACGCAUUUUGCGGAAAGACCAUUGGUCCACUCAUAAUAAGAUUUCCGGAUUGACGGGCUUAUCGCACGAAGAUCUUCUCUACUUUUCCAUGCGGUUUAAAGAAACGCUCUUUGUGAACUCUCUGCUUCAGGGGAACAUUUCGGCGGAUGAUGCCAGGCGCAUGAUGCUUUUCCUGCUCCACCGCGUGAACUUUGGACCUCUUCCCUCAUUUAUGCUCCCCGAGUCACGUGUUACUCGUCUUCUCGUCGGAGAUCACGUGGUAAUGGCGCCCGUGGCUAGUGAUGCUGAUGGUAACAGUGUUGUUGAAAAUUACUAUCAGCUGGGGAGGAUGUCGGUGCGCCGGCUUGUGGUGCUUCAGCUACUAGAAUAUAUCAUGUGCGAGCCAUGCUUUAGUCAGUUAAGGACACGAGAGCAACUCGGGUACGCUGUUUCUUGUUCGUAUAGAAACACUGAUGGCGUUCUGGGUUUCAGUUUUCACGUGCGCACUCCCUCGGACAAAUAUCCUGUGGCUUUUGUGGACGCCCGAAUCGAGAACUUCUUGUCUUUCUUUCUUGACUAUCUGCUCAAUAUGAGAGCACGCGAGUACGAAACUCUUAUUGAGGCCUUUAUAGAAGCCGCUCUCCAGUCGCACUCUUGCCUUACAGAUGAAGUGGCCCAGAACUGGGUCGAAAUUUACGAAGGGACGCUCUUAUUCGACCGGCAUCUUCGAAUUGCGGAGACUGCGGGCAAUAUAACUAAAGAAGAGCUCAGUGAUGUAGUGAAGAAUCUCCUUCUCUCUCCGAAUAAAAGACGCAAGUUGAGUGUGCGAGUGGUGGGCAAAGGAGAGCUCACCUCUUAUAAAGUAGAAAAGACGAGUUUGCGCGGAGACGGGCUUCUUAGGCAUCACUGCUUUGAGGCAGAGAGCCUCCCUCCUUUGCAAAAAGGCACUUGCGCUUGUGAUCUAUUUAUUGAAGAUCUCGAUUUGUUUAAGUCUAGUUUAAGUUACUUUUCAAUUGUCCAAAGAAUUCUUAUAUAG